CUGAUGUAAUCGCACGCGGGGAUUGAGUUCGUGCAGCAAAGUUUGCAUUUUAUUCUUCGCGGUGCAAAAACACACACAUUCCAAACGGCAUGUCUGCUCUUAGGAACACCUUCAUGCACGGGCUUAAAACUGUCCAGUUUAAACAAGCAAGGAAUUUUAGGGUGGGGAGGACCUGCUUAGGGGCUGUGCACUUAAAGGGACGCAGUUUUCUGACGCUGAAAGACUUUAACCCAGAUGAGAUCAAGCACAUCCUGAGGGUUUCUGCUGACCUGAAGCAUCGAAUCAAGCAUGAUGGACAGUAUCUUCCUCUCCUUCAGGGCAAAUCUAUCGCCAUGAUAUUCGAGAAGAGGAGCACCAGGACCCGCAUGUCCACUGAGACAGGGUUUGCCCUAUUGGGUGGACAUCCAUGUUUCCUUACCCCUCAGGAUAUUCACCUGGGUGUAAAUGAGAGCACAAAAGACACCGCCAGAGUGCUCUCAAGCCUGACUGAUAUUGUGUUAGCGCGAGUGUACAGUCAUUCUACUUUGGAGCAGCUGGAUAAGGAAGCCUCAGUACCAAUCAUCAAUGGCCUCUCUGAUCUUUACCAUCCCAUACAGAUACUAGCUGAUCUGCUCACGUUGCAGGAGCAUUAUGGAUCUUUGAAGGGCCUAACACUGUCUUGGAUAGGUGAUGGUAACAAUGUACUUCACUCUUUCAUGAUGUCUUUGGCCAAAUUGGGUGUCAAUCUGAGAAUAGCCACACCAAAGGGUUAUGAGCCAGAUCCUAAUGUCACUCAGGAGGCACUAUGUCUUUCUAAGCAGUUUGGGACAGAGUUGCACUUGUUUUCAGAGCCAAUGGAGGCAGCUCAGGGCAGCAAUGUUCUGGUGACCGACACAUGGAUUAGCAUGGGACAGGAAGAGGAAAAGAAGAAGAGACUAAAGGAUUUCCAUGGUUACCAGAUCACCAUGCAGACUGGAAGUGUAGCCGCACCAGACUGGACUUUCAUGCAUUGUCUUCCACGAAAGUCAGAAGAGGUGGACGAUGAGGUUUUCUACUCGCCACGAUCACUGGUGUUUCCUGAGGCGGAAAACCGCAAAUGGACUAUUAUGGGGUUGAUUGUGUGUAUCCUGACUGACUACAGUCCUCAGAUCUCCAAACUGAAGCUGUAAUCUUUCAGAACUGAACUUGAGAGCUUGCAACACAAGGGUCCUUCAACAUUUUAGGAUUUCUGCAAAUUCAUUUAUUAAUUCAUUACUCUUCAGGAUCAUGGACAAAGCUGGAGACCAUCCCAGAAAUACUGAGCACAAAGCAUUAAUAAGACAGCAGACCAGUUCACUGCUUAUAACCCAGUCUUCAACGCAUCUUGGGGGAGAGCUGAGGGUAACAAUCUGCAGAAAAAAAAUCACAAUUAAAAACAUCAGAAUCAUUCAGAAGAUUUAACAGAUUAGUGUAUGUUACAUG